AGCCCGUUAUUAGACCGGUCCCACGGCCGCCUUUUACAUAUAAAAGCCGGGCGAAACAGCGGCAGGCAAUUUUUUUCUUAUUUUGCUACGCGACAAAAUACUUACAAUUAACAACACAUUUUUUUUUUCGUAGUGCCUUAUUUUAUUGUUUUCAAAAUACGCGUGUUUUUCAAUUAUCCGAUGAUAAUAAUACGUCACUGAAUAAUUAAUUAAUCAAAUUAAGUGUCGACUGGUGACUUUGUUAUUUAUUUGUGUAUCAGUCCCGGAGACUCCCUUGUUCUAGUUCUUCCACGACAAUAUCGUGCACAAUAAGACGCUGAUUGUAAUUACUAAAUUACCCCCUUGAUAGCGGCAAUUUCGAAGAACAAGAAUCAACCCUGUAAAGAGGCUGCAUAAUAGGAUAAUUUAAGCAACAACCACAGCGUUGCCACCACCACCCUACUACUACAAACUGAAUAAAGAGGUGUCAAAAAUAACAAGUGGUCGUACGGACGUACGGGACGCGUGGAUAUAUAAAAGGAAACAGGCGGGAUACUUUUCAACUAGUGCCAUAUUCGACAUCGUACAGGAACAACUCCAUCCUGAUGACUAAUCUUGUGUAUUACGCGUUUCUGCUGGCCACGUGCAUAGCCCUCUUUGACGUGGCAAUAUGUCGUCGUUUAUCAGAGGAUAUUGGCAACAGCGAAAACGAAAUAGGUGACGAAACGUCGAACGAAGUUGGCGUGGCGGUACCGCUGCCCCGAACAAACUCGUUCGUCAAAAUCAUCAAAGCGCCCUACGGGAUUUUGAAUAAGAAGGGAGGAGAGAGAAUAGAAUUGGAAUGUGAAGCAAUCGGAUCACCACCGCCCCUAAUGCAAUGGUUAAUGGGAAACAAGGUCCUCACAGAGAAUGAAGCUUUCGAAACCAAUUUAAUUAAUUCGAUUUCAUCGCAAGGAAGGGCGCUUACAAAAACACGACUGAUCAUAAAUAAAGCCCUUUCAGUCCACGAAGGAGUUUUCACAUGUGUUGCCGAAGCGGGUGAAAAAGUGGCGAGUGCUACUAUAACACUUCGCAUCGUCAAGACUCCCGACCAGCACAAAAACUUUUCCCGACUUCUCACCGAGAGUAUUUUGGGCCAACGUACCCAGCCCCGAAUUGUCUAUUUCUACACUACCCUGCUUGAUUUUAUGGGCAACGAUAUCGCGCUACCUUGCAAAGUAAACGGAAGUCCACAACCGGAGGUGUUCUGGACCGAUGCGAACAAGAACGUUAUCAGUAGAGACACUAAAAGCCGCGUCUCGGUCCUACCUGACGGUGAAUUGAGGAUACGCAGCCUUCGUUGGGAAGACAUGGGACCCUACACAUGUGUGGCCCAAAAUUCUGAAGGGGAUGACAGUAUUACUACAUUCUUAUACCCCAUGGCAUUAGGUAAAUAGGAAGGACGACUGACAUUUUGGCAUAAACCAGUCUUGUUCACUAUUUGAAUACAUUUCGCUAUUUAUACAUGUUCAUACGUAUAAAAUUCUAGUCCAAUUUUAAUUAAGUUGUCUUAGUUAGUCUUAAUUUUUGUAAUGGUUUAAUUUAUUAAGUGAGGAAGUGAAGGUGUGAUUAUGACAGAAGAACGACAUGAAGACGAGCAAAAGGGAAAAUUAUAUGACUUAAACAUUUAAAUUUUUAAGUAUACAAGUUUAGGUAAUUUUUAUAAGACAUGCUCUAUUAUUUAUUGC